CGGUUUAGUUCCUGGUUGAUGGGAUAACACGCUUUCGGCGACUCUUUGCUCACCACGCAACAUCAACUUUUAAAAGCAUGGAAUAAGUAGGUUCUUAGUUUACCAAAGAGACAUUUCAGCGAAAACUAACGUUGAAAUUCAACGGUGUCGGUUGCAGGUCUUGCCCAAGGCAUGACUCUGUAGACUCUCCCGCAGGUUUGCUCACUGUAGGCUUGCCAGCUUGCAACCGCCAGCGAAGCUAGCUAACUCGCUAGCUAGCAACAUUGCAGUCCAAAAUGACUGACUGCUGCGCCGCAGCGAACUGUGAUUAUCAGCAAGAGGGAUCCGAAAACUCUGCUCCACUUCUCAGCUUCCCCCUGGAUGCAGAGCGAUGCAAUCAAUGGUUGAACAACUGCCAGCGUCAAGAUCUGGCAUCAGAAUCUCCUGAGCAGUUGCAUAAGCUGUACAGACUUUGUGCAAAGCACUUUGACCCCUCUGUGAUCUCUCAUCAGAGCGCCUCCAGUUGUGUCUUACGGGAUGAUGCUGUUCCAACAAUAUUUGACUCAACAAUGCCUGUAAAUAAUCAAUCAAUCUGCAACAGGAAGCGAGCUAGGGAUCCUUCUGAAGAGGAUCCUACAUCUGUGAAGAAAACAAAAGAAAACACAGCAACAACAGAGGUGACUGAGGAGAAGAGCGAGGUACCUGGUGCAGCAUCUGAACUGCAACACGAGAACCAAACCCAAGAGGAUGGAGCCAGCUCUAAAGCAAAAGAGACUCUGAAAGUCUAUUUCAAAGAAAUCCUGGCACUUAAUGGCUUCAGCAUAAAUGGUGCAAACGUCAGCAGUGACGAGUCGAUCGGCGGUGCGAGAGGACAGCAGGCUCUCAAUCGGAUCUGCGUGGAGAAAAUUGACAAGAAAGAAAUCCUCCAGUUCAGCGAAGACCUCAUGCGGGAGGAGAUACAGAACAGCCUCAGGCUAGCGCGAUUCUUCUCCAUUCUGCUUCAGGAUGUCACUAGUAUAGAGGGCAAGGAGCAAAUCCCAGUUUUCAUCAGGUCUGUCACCGUCGAGGGGUUCCCACAAAAGCAUCUCAUUGGGUUCUUACCAUGCGACAUGGAUACAGAGAAUCUGUUUUACAUGCUUCUGUCAGAGUUGCGAAACAAGUGGGGGCUGAGGAUGGAGCACUGCAGGGGUUUGACUUAUCUGGUUACAGGCAGCAUGUGUCAGAAAAUGCGAGACCUUACCUCCAGGAUUCUGCUGGAGUUCCCACAAGUAGUUCUGUCACCAAGCAACCCAUAUGCCUUCAACAUAUGGAUCAUUCGCUGCAUGCCUGUGCCCUCCAUUCAAAGCGUUGCUGACACUGUAGAGGAGGUGGCCUCAUUACUCAGGAGAACACCAGAGCUGUGCAAAAGAUUGGAAGGAAAGAUCCAGAUGACGUAUGGGCAUAUAAAAGGAGAAGUGGACAGGAUCAAGACAGCCGUCGGUGAGAAUUGGGAAUAUGGCACCGAUGCCUUCCAGACCAUGUUGGACAUCCUGGAGCCGUUCCUGAACUGCAUCAACGAGAUGAUUUCAAAGGUAGACGAAGAUUCCGCCGAGCAGAUGGCCAAGCUCAAGCCAGUUCUGAAGAAUUUCAAUUUCAUCAUCACACUUGUUGUUCUGAAGAACACCCUCUGUUGUGUGAGCAUACUCAACUCGAGUCUCAGGGGAAUAAUUAGCAUCAGCAGUACGUUGCAGUACACCAUUUCCAAUGCCUUAAAGCUGGUAAGCAAAUACCAACAGGAGCUUGCAAUAUUCCACAGGAAAUGGUUUUCAGAUGCAAUUGGCAGAGCAAAGAAGCUGGGAGUGGAGGUCACCAAACCAGAGGUGCAGCAAGGAGACGCAGAGGAAACGCCACUGGAGGACCUUUUUAGAGAAACUCUAAGCCGCCCUAUCUUGCAGUAUCUCGUUGCAGAGGUGAAGAGAGUGUUCAGCACAGAGAUGGUAAGAAUUCUCCGAUGGCUCUCGUUAGUGCCAUCUUACAUGGCUGACCACAAUUUCAGCAUUCGUAGGGAUAAAGUAGCGGACGCCAACUUGAACAACCUCGCAAGACCCGACACAUUCUACGAAGAGCUCGGUUGUUGGGAGGUGAAGUGGAGGCAUGCUAGCAAGCGCAGAAUCCUGCCGACUACGGUGUUUGCAACACUCAAGAUUCCAGAUAUUGGGUUCUACCCAAACGUGCAGAGCCUGCUGCGGGUGUUGGGCACUGUUCCAUGUGUAAAUGCAGAGGCAGAUGUGUAUGGUCAAUACCAUAUGGUGCUGGAGCGGUGCCACUCCUACCUGAGGGGCACAUCCGAGGACCAAAGACAGUGCAGCAUGGCAUACGUCUACGUGAACCAAGAUGUCCACUUCAAUGUCGAACAGAUGGUGGAGUCCUAUGCCCAAAAGCAUCCAGACAUCCUGCAGUUGCUGCAAACGGAUGAUGACACAAAGGAGAAGCCUCCCCAAGUGGCAUCCCAUGGAAACCAUGCAGAAAAGGACACUGAAGAAGAAUUACAGUUCCUAAACCUAGAAAUGGACGCUGAGAGGCUUGUGGAGUUGAGGUGUGCAGAAACUGAUAGAGAUUCUCUCAAAUCUGCUUUGCAAGCCGCGGUGACGGCUGCAUACGGAAGCCAAAGCAGGCAACAUGGGGACGCUUCCGCUCAGGAGGGAGAAGUCGAGUAUGUGACCAAGUCGGAAAUGAAAGAAGUUCUCACUGUGUGCGAGAAGGCCGUCAGGGAGGGAAUCCUCUUGGAAGUGGGGACGUCAUUUUUUUCCUUGUUCAUUGACUGUGUGGUGAAGUUUGGGGAGAAAGACAAUCUUCCACUCUUCCUGAGGUUUGUGGACAGUUUUGAUGUCAUGCGACUGGAGUUGAUGGGAUUCCUUGAGGCGGAUCUUGAUUGUGAUGCCAUGGGGCAGCGUCUGCUGGAAAUAGUAACCGUCGAGUGGAGGCUUGAUUUGAAUAGCUGCAGAGGUCAAGCAUACUUGGGCUCUGGUGACGUUUCCUACAAGCUGAAAGCCUUUGCCUGCAAAGUCCAGGAGACUCAUCCUCUUGCUAUAAGCACACACUGCUCUUCCUACUCCUUCAACACAUGGUGGUCAAAAACCAUCCCAGUGCCUGCUAUUAAGAGAGCCCUGGAUACAUUCGAAGAGGUUUUGAUGUUUUUUGGCAGCAGCGCUACUCUACAAAAACAGCUCGACCAGGUGAUAGCGUUCGGUCUUAGAGAGAGCUAUGAAAAGGUCCAAGAGCUACAGGGGACGUUCUGUGCCCUUUGGCAAGAGAAGCAUGAUUCUUAUGAGGUGUUUGUGCAGAUGCUGGAGCCCCUGGUUGAAUGUCUGGAGAAAGUACAAACCAACCCACAGAGAUGGAAAGCCUUUGUGUCCGACCAAGCUGGGGCACUCCUCUGCAAGGUAAUGGAGUUUGAUUUCAUCAUCGCCAUGGUGGUCUUGAAGAAUACAUCUUCUUUCACAAGAGAGCUGAGUGCAGGUCUCCAGAAGGACCACUUCAGUGCUGCAUCCCAACUUUGCCAAAUCAGCGGAAUCGUGGCCACUCUGAACCGAGUAAAAACGAAUAUGAAGGUGUUUCACCAGAACUGGUUUGACGAGGCCUGUGCAAUGGCACAGAGUCUACAAGUGCAGAUUGAAGUGCCUGAAGCUGCCUCGCAGACGGCAAGAGACGGCAUGAUGAAGCCAGUCGGUUUUUACAAAGAUGGCUUGAGUGUACCUCUAGUAGAUAACCUCAUCAAUGCCGUAAAGGAUCAUUUUUCAGAGGACCACAAAGAGGCUCUCAACUUCCUCUCCCUGGUUCCAUGCUCGGUCACAGUGAGUUACAUGUUUGAGAGCCUGAAGUCGAAGCCUCCUCUCUACAGCGGGGAUCUUCCUGAUGCUGACAACUUCUUCACAGAGCUGUGCUGUUGGAGAGUAACAUGGAAGACCAAAGUUGCGUCCGUGACCGUCCCAGGCUCAAUAUUUCACACCCUGCGCCUGCCACUCAUGCAGUACUUUGGCAACAUCAAUGCACUGCUGAGGAUCAUGUCCGUGCUGCCCAGCACAGCGCUGGAGGACUGCGGUGUCAUAAUGCGCCACAAGAAGUUCCAAGAGUACCUGAGAAACACAAAUCCCAAAGACAGGUCCCCGUGCUUGGCGAUGCUGCAGGUGGGCACCGACUUCAGCAGAGACCUGGACCGCAUGGUGACCCAGUGUUUGAAGGUUACUCCGCAAGCCUUGGAGGGCAUAUGUCUGGACAAGGAAUCCAAAAGUUUCAACAGAAACCCUGAAAACAAUAUGCAAGUUGAUUGUGUCGAGGAAACCGAAGAGCCUAAAAUGCAUCAAUCUCCUGACAAAGUGGAGGACCAGGACAUGAAGCCAGCAGAUGAGAAUGGGCACUCUGGAGAUAAUCGUCAAAGUCUGGCGACAGUGUUCAAACUGGCCACAAUACUGGGCAAAAAGAAUAUCGGUCUCUCUGACCUCUCAGAGGAGGACCGAGAGCUCUUCAUCCAGGACCUCAGCAUGUGCCACUGGUUUGGAAAUGAGGGCAAAUGCGCGCCCUCUAUAGGUGACGAUGAAAUGGUGAACCACCUCAUCAACGGAAUCCGAGAUGUCAUACUGACUGAGAUUCAGGAAUCGCCGUUCUUCUCACUUAUCACAGACAAACCUGUUAAGAUUGCUCACAAGACCCACCUGCCGGUUUUUGUCAGGUUUGUUGCAGAAUCGGCUCCAAAGGUAGAGCUCCUGGGUUUCUUACCAUUUGAUGAAAGCUGUCAUGUUGAUACACAGGCCAAUAACCUGGCAACGAUUCUGACCGAAGACUGGGGCUUACCAAUGUCUCAGUGUCGCGGACAAGCAUUCAUGCACUUGGGCUCCGGUUAUCAGAGCCUGAAGAAAAUGUCUUUAGAUUUCCUCCUGAGCUAUCCUCUCUCCGUUGUAACGCCCAGCGAGUCUUGCGGCCUUGCCCAUUGGCUGGCAGGAAGUGUGCCUUGCCCUUCAGUGGCAAAAAUGUUGGACAUCACAGAAGACCUGCUGCUGUUCUUUGAUGAGUCUCCUAGUCUGGAGGGGCAGCUGGCGCAAGCUGUGGAUGGGCUCUUGAAUUGGCCAAGAGAUUCGCUGGAGGAAAUGCCAGAAACCUGUUGCUCGAGGUGGAAGAAGAGAGAGGACUUCUUUGACAUCCUCGCCGACACAUUAGAGGGCAUCCUCAGCUGCCUCGAUGCGGUCAGCUCGAGUGCCACAGGCGCCAAGUCGAUGCAUGCACAAGUUCUCGCCACCGCUCUGAGAAAUCUGGAUUUCAUUGUCACCCUCGUGAUUUUGAAGAAUGCUUGUGCUCCUCUCCGUAACUGUAGCACCGUCUUCCGCUGUGGAAACCCUGCUGAUAUUCUCUGUGAAGUGGAAAAAAUCCCCUCGAUCAUAGAGACUCUUCACAAAAUGUUAGAAAAUGUGAGUACUCUGCACUCCACUUGGUUUGAGCAGGCAUUCCAGCUAGCAACCAAGCUAGCGCCUGAGCAGGUGUGCUUCUCGGAGGAAGCCAACAGCUAUGAAUCUCCUGAGAUCUACUACAGAGAAAAGCUGAGCGUCCCUCUCCUCAGCAGUCUCGUUGACGAGAUGAAGUACAGCUUCUCAGACGGCCACUUGAGGGCCCUGUCGGUCCUGUCCUUACUGCCCUCCUGCAAUCCCCAGCCCAUUCUGCCGGAGACCGCAGACAAGCCGUUUAGCCUCUACCUUGCAGAUCUCUCUGAGCCCGAAGCAGCCGAGCAAGAAAUCAACGCAUGGGCCGCUGUCUGGGAGGAGAAGUACCAGGAUGCUGCUCCUCCAUCAUCCAUCGCUGAGACGCUAGUCCACCCUGAGUCGAAAAGCCACCCAACUGUCGCCUCACUGCUCAGGCUCGUCGCGGUCCUGCCCAGUGUCAGUAUGGAGUGGGACCUGAUGAAGACCACCCUGAAUUCCACCAGAGACCUGCUAAAAAACACUGUAUGCAAAGGCAGCCGACGGGACCAUGUGGUGCUCCUCUCUCACUGCACCACUCUCCAGAGACUGCCCGAGGUCAUUGAGAAGUGCAUGGAGGUUGAUCCAGAGAGCAGUCCAUGUCUAUCCCAGGUGCUUGGAACUUUGCAAAGACUAAAGUUGGACAGCGGAGGCUUUAAAGCAGACCCGGCAGCACCAACAGAAUCGCAUGCCUCCAUCGUAGCACAGAAGCCUGCUGACGGAGAGGUGACAUCGGCCGAUCAUGAAGUGGGCCCAAGGACAGCCGUGUCGUUCUAUGAGCCACAACUGCGUGAGCAGAUCCUCAAGGAGCUCUGGGACUCUCAGUUCUUUACAGUUAUAACUGAGCGAGCUGUCGAAAUUGACGGCGAACUCUAUGUCCCGCUGUGCAUUAGGUACCUGAACAAAGAGGACAUCCAGUGUGAGGAAACACUGGCCUUCAUCCCUUUUGGUGAAGACCCAGUUGUCUUCGCAGACGCUAUUGAGACCGCCCUGUCUGAGAAGUGGGGGCUCAACAUGGAGUACUGUAGAGGGCAGGCCUUGCUGAGUGUUGGUAAAGUCGGAGCUCAGAUGAGGGUUGUAAGUUUAGCAAUAGCUAAGAAGUACCCCCAAGCUGUCAGAACAGUCAGCUCAGCGUUGUCUCUUAAUGUGUGGCUGGCUAGAUCGUCCCCCGCUGAGGAAGCAGCCGGCGGAGCGCUUCUCAUAGGGAAGAUAUUACACUGGCUCACAGAGGACGCAGAACGCCAGAACAAGCUGGAAGACAUGAUCAUUCACGUGUUCCAGCACGACGAGGUAAAGGGCAACGAGCUGAGGGACAAGCUCGUCAAAAACUGGGAUAAGAGUCACGUCAUGCACGAGGUGAUGGUGGAGGUGUUGGAAGCCGUCAUGCUCUGUCUGAACGAGCUGAAGGGGGAGGGAAGCGCUUCGACCCGGCAGCAAGCGGCACAAUUGUUCGAUGCGAUCCGAAACUUCGAUUUCAUCCUGUCGACUGUGGUGCAGAAGAACAUCGCGAGUGUUACUAAAAAGCUAAGCCAGUCUCUGCAGGGCAAACCCUUAGACAUGUUGCUUGCUGUGAAUAAUUUGCCUGACCUCAAAGCGUCCCUCAGUAUACUGAAGAGUGAUAUUGACAGCCAUCACAAGGCCUGGUUCGAGGAGGCCACCGAGCUGGCCUCCAAACUGCAUGUCACCAUGAUGCACUCGGUGCUCCUCGAGCCACUGAGUGAGUUUUACAAGGAAUCCGUCAGCAUGAAGGUCGUGGAGCACUCGCUAGCAGAAAUCGACGACCUCUUCACAGAAAAGGUAUUGGAUACCUUGAGGUGUCUGGAGAUUGUGCCUUACGCAAUGUCCAAAGUCGAAACCAGCAUUCUUAGUGGUCUCGUGUUCCGCCUGUACAAGGACGACCUGCCAGAUCAGGUCUCGCUUCACACAGAGAUGAAGUCGUGGAAGGAGAAGUGGUUGGAUCCCCUGGCCGGCUAUCUCCCGACCACCGUGCUCGACACGCUCAAGACGUCGCAGAUCAGAAGUUUCAGUAACAUUGAAACUCUCCUCCGACUCCAGGUCAUCUUGCCGUUUUCAAGGAGGGAGAGCAACUUCAGGCAGGGAAAACGAAGCUUACAGGAGUUCAUCCAGCAGGAGAAGCGCUCCCUCGCUGAGCUGCACCCUCUGUAAGAGAUGCCGGGCUUCAGUCCCUCGCUAGCGCCAACCAUACCUAAGAACUCAUGUGUCUCAGCCCUGAUCGUGGUCCCGUGUUCUCAACCCAAUCCUUCUGUGUACAUUAUUGAUCUGAGUUCUUUGACGUUUCCUUUAGUUGUUAUCCUGCAAACUAAGCCCUAUGUUAUUUUUCUUUUUUAUCCUGUAGUUUGUACAGUUGUACUGCCCAAUGGGACCAAUGUCUUGGCAAAAAAAAAAAAAAAGAGCAAUGCUUGUGUGCCUUGAUGCAAAAUAAAUAAUUCACCCCAUGUAAUCAUGAUAAUUCAGAUGUUGAAAAAUGUCCCAUUGGAGUUGACUGACUUCUGUAUCGCUGUCAUGACCUUAUUCUAAUGAUUUAUUGCACCCAUAACCUUUCCUGGGCACAAAUAGAAAUGGUUAGUUCCAUCAUGUCUUCUGAUGAUUUCUCAUGUUUCCUGUGUCUUUACAGGAAUGAAUUUGCUGUAAACGUAUCUUUUGAAAGAAUGUUUCCUCAAAAGGAAAUCCUUCAUAUAUAUUUGUCAAAAAAGUAAUAAAAUUCUCCAAAAAUA